AGUGGCCGAGGCGGCAACAACACCAGUUCCAUUCGGUUUUGCUCAACGCGCGGACGCAGUGUUGUGGUUUUAAAGCUCGAAAAAGUCAAAACUAAAAACCAAACGAAAUUCAAAAAGAAAAUCGUGGGAGAGAAAGAAAUCAGAAUCAGGACCGAACAAAAAUAUCCCAAAGAUACGCAAAUCGUGGGUGCUAGUGCAAUUCCUAUUUAUUUGGUUCCUAGGCUAAGAGUGCGAAUGUAUCUGUGAGAUACGCAGUGCUGGCGUGCAAUGCAAUCGGGGUGUGUGGUUAGCUGUCCCUUACUUUGAGAGCCUGUAAACAAAGAACGUCUCAGGUGAUUGGACCCGAUAUUCGUCACUCUUCAGCAACAAGUUCACAGGGCUUUAAAAUGGCAGCGGACUGGCGAUUGAUUGGCCUUCUCAGCCUUCUGGUCGUAUCAGUGGGCGCAGAGGUGUACACCGCCUUGGCGGAGAUGGAGGAACUGCUAGAGACUGAAUCCGUACUGAUAACCAACCUGGAGGGCUAUAUACGUGAGCAGGAGAACAAGCUGAAUUUUCUCAAAAACAAAAUGGAUGACUACCAGAGGGAACACGCCGACGCCUCCAGUGACAUUACCGCCUAUGUCUCAAAUCCCAUCAAUGCUUACCUACUCACCAAGCGCCUGACCACCGACUGGAAACAGGUGGAGAACCUCAUGGAGCACGACGUGGGCACCGAGUUCGUGCAAAACAUUACCCAGUAUCGCAACAUCCUUAAGUUUCCCUCCGACGAGGAUCUCAAUGGAGCGGCAGUGGCCUUGCUGCGCCUCCAGGACACCUACCAGCUGGACACCUCUAGUGUAGCCCGUGGCAAGCUAAAUGGCAUACAGUACAGCACGGAGAUGUCCUCGGAUGACUGUUUCGAGUUGGGCAGACAGUCGUACGUGAACCACGACUACCAUCACACAGUCCUCUGGAUGAACGAGGCGAUGGCCCGAAUGCUCGAGGAGCCCUCGAACCAAACCAAAAGCUUCACCAAGGCCGAUAUCCUUGAGUACCUGGCGUUCUCCACCUACAAGGAAGGAAACAUUGAGGUGGCUCUGACCAUGACCAACGAAUUGCUGCAACUAUUGCCACACCACGAAAGGGCCAAUGGCAACAAGAGGUUCUACGAGAAGGAAAUAGCCAACCAGCUGCAAAUGAGAAAGAUGAAGGGCGACGAUGGUAGUGACGAGAUGCCUAAGUCUGACUUGCCCGUGGCCAAAAGUGAUCCCUCGGUCUAUGAUUUGACCGAGCGAAAGGCCUACGAAAUGUUGUGCCGUGGCGAACUAAAGCCAUCUCCGGCGGACCUGAGACCUCUACGAUGUCGUUAUGUAACCAACAAUGUGCCCUUCCUGCGCCUGGGCCCCCUGAAGCUGGAGGAGGCCCACCAGGAGCCGUACAUUGUGAUCUAUCACGAUGCCAUGUACGACAGUGAAAUUGAAUUGAUUAAACGGAUGGCACGUCCUCGAUUCCGGCGGGCAACUGUACAAAAUUCCGUUACUGGCGCUCUGGAGACGGCCAACUACCGGAUUAGCAAGUCCGCUUGGCUGAAAACGGAGGAGAACCGUGUGAUUGGAACCGUAGUGCAGCGAACGGCGGAUAUGACUGGUCUGGACAUGGACUCUGCCGAAGAGCUCCAGGUGGUCAAUUAUGGAAUCGGUGGUCAUUACGAACCGCACUUUGAUUUUGCUCGAAAAGAGGAAAAACGCGCCUUUGAGGGCCUCAAUCUGGGCAACCGCAUCGCAACAGUUUUGUUCUACAUGAGUGACGUUGAACAGGGAGGUGCCACCGUCUUUACUUCCCUUCACACUGCCCUAUUUCCCAAAAAGGGCACGGCAGCCUUCUGGAUGAAUCUCCAUCGAGAUGGUGAGGGCGAUGUGAGGACACGUCAUGCUGCCUGUCCUGUCCUGACGGGCACUAAAUGGGUGUCAAACAAGUGGAUCCAUGAACGGGGUCAGGAGUUCCGUAGACCCUGCUCUAUGGGCGAGGAUCAUGGCGAGUAUGCCAUCUGAACUGGAGUCUAGUUAGUGAAAUGCAACGAAUCUUAAAUGCGGAAUCUCAUCCAUCGUCUGGCCAUCGAAUUCCUAAUGUAAAUACAGCAUCUAGCCAGGAGGCGGCCGUCACUCUUUUCUACUUAUCGGUUCUGUUCCCGGAACUAAUUCUAUCUAGUUAUAUCUUAGACUCUUACGAAAAUUAUCUACUUUUGUAUAUUUUCUUAGUUUAAAUAGUAGAAAAAAAAUUAAUUGAAAUAAAUUUGAAAUUGAAA